GAUUCCCUUUAUUGAGGCGACCGGUUUCUUCCAGAAACACACGAGCGUCUUCUCAAUAUAGGAGUACAACGAGAUUUCUUUUUCCGUGUGUGUUUUGUUUGACGCCGCCGCCCUAAAUGGAUAUCGGUUGUUUCACGGCGGCGCCGCCGCGCCUGUCGUGCCACGCCGCGAAUGCGGAUUUGUCCAAGAAGCCCUCCGCCGACGGAGCCCAGCAAGCCGGGGCCCCGGUGGCCAAAGCCGGCCGCGCCAAGUCGGACCCUGGGAAAACUGAGCUGGCGCAGGUGGUCACCGACGCGAGGACGGGACGGUCGUACAGUAAAGGGAAGCUUUUGGGAAAGGGUGGUUUUGCACGGUGCUACGAGAUGACGGACCUGUCGAGCAACAAAAUGUACGCCGUCAAGGUGAUUCCACAGAGCAGGGUGUCCAAACCACACCAGAGGGAGAAGAUCACCAAUGAGAUCGAGCUGCACAAAACCCUGUCGCACAAGCACGUGGUGAAGUUCUCUCAUCAUUUCGAGGACCACGAUAACAUUUACAUAUUUCUUGAGCUCUGCAGUCGUAAGUCGCUGGCGCACAUUUGGAAGGCGAGACACACGCUGACGGAGCCUGAAGUGCGAUAUUACCUCAGACAGAUUAUAUCAGGCCUCAAGUACCUCCACAGCAGAGGCAUCCUGCACAGAGAUCUCAAACUAGGCAACUUCUUUGUGAAUGAAAACAUGGAGCUGCGACUGGGAGACUUUGGCCUCGCUGCCAAGCUAGAGACUGUUGAGCAGAGGAAAAAAACCAUCUGUGGAACCCCCAACUACUUGGCCCCUGAAGUGCUCAACAGGCAGGGCCAUGGCACAGAGUCAGACGUUUGGUCCUUUGGAUGUGUUAUGUACACGCUGAUGUGCGGCAACCCACCCUUUGAGACUCUUGACCUGAAAGAGACCUACAAAUGCAUCAAGGAAGUUCGGUACAACCUGCCCUCUGGGCUGUCGCCCGCCGCACAGAAACUCAUCUCAAGUAUCCUGCAGAAAACCCCCAGUGACAGACUCACUCUGGAUCAAAUCCUCAACCAUGAAUUCUUCACCAAAGGUUUCACUCCAGACAGACUUCCCCCCAGCAGCUGCGUGAUGGUGCCCGAGCUCCGUCCCCCCAGCCCGGCCAAGAAAUUCUUCACCAAAAUGGCCAAGAGCCUCUUUGGCAAGAAAAAAACAAAAGUGGAGAAGUCGCCUUGUGAGGAGAAAGAAGAGACGGAGAUUUCCAAGCUGGUGUCCGGCAUCGUCAAAUGCUCCAUCAACCGCCAGAUCAGCUACAAAACUGUGGGCCCAAAUGAGGUCCCCUCACCCGGCGGUCAGCUGGUCAGCUCGGUGCCUCUGGAGCAGACCCCCGCCGAGGAAGAAUCCAGGAAGUCAAUCUCGCGCUCCUUCAAGGGCACCAUGGCCAGCAGCUCUGAACCUUGUGAGGAUGUUGUCACUCCCUCCGCUGUGGCUGAAUCGGCCAUGAAGGUUCUCAAUGGCUGCUUGGCCACCAUGCCAACAGCCACUAGAAACCCACCGUGCCUGUCCAGGCCCCAGUCCUUCCUAUGGGUCACUAAAUGGGUGGACUAUUCCAACAAAUACGGUUUUGGCUACCAGCUUUCAGACCAAAGCAUCGGCGUGCUCUUCAAUGAGGGAACGCAUCUCAGCCUCUGUGACCAACGCAAGACGGUCCACUACUGCUUGACCAACAACAAGCACUUUAGCUUCCCUGCCAGCUCUCUACCUGAGCAGCUUCGGAGCCAGAAACAAAUUGUAGAGCUCAUGGCUAACUACAUGGAACAAAAUCUAAUGGAGGGUGGUGAUAUUCAUUGUCAUGAGCAAUCUUCUGGUCCUCCUCCUCUGCUGCUGCAGUGGGUGAAGACAGACCACGCGCUUGUCAUGCUCUUCAACAAUGGAACUUUGCAGGUGAACUUCUACACAGACCACACCAAGAUCAUCCUGUCCAAGUCUUCGGACUCGUACCUGCUGACUUAUAUCAGCUGUGAGCGCGUCUCCUACACGUACCUUCUCAGCAUGGUCAGAGAGAUGGGCUGCACAACGGAGCUGCGACACCGCCUCCGAUAUGUGCUCAAUCUCCUGCAGCAUCAUGCUGAUGCCUAAGGGAGAAUGGGGGACGACGACUGACUGGCUAACUGUGACAUCUUUAGAGGCUCAAUGACUGGCGCCCUUUUGAUUGGUUGAGUGUUUUGCAGUGCCAUAAUGGGCCUCUUGUGGCAGCUGCUGGUAUUCCCGCUGAUUUGAUCAGAUGAUGCGUUGGCCUCCAGUGUUCGUGCCUGUCCAAAGUUUGUUUGGCGAAAUCUAAUGAUUGGACACUCCAUGAUAGAUGCCGAAAAAGGAAAAAAAAAGAAAAAAACCCACUGAUUUAUCUUGGUUGGAUGGUGCCAAUUGAGCCUGCUGCUUUCUGCCUCAUAGAUGACAUUCGUGCCAGGUGUGGUGUGCCCAUGGUAACUAAACACUUUAAAUUGCAACUUGUAUUGGUCGAACACACGGUGGUGGGCUCUCUUCUGCCUGCUUGGCUGCUUCCUGACCUGUGGACACUGGUGCACGUGUUUAUUUUUGUUUUCCAUUUGAACAAAAAGACACGAGCCAGCAGUAGAUCACACUAUGAUCUUCACUUACCUCACACGCACACUUGACAUUCCUGGCCAUAUUUGGGCGGUGAGGUUCAGAGAGAGUCUUUGCUUCUUCUGCCUCAUUGUCACCCAUUUUGUUCGUUGCGUUCACUGACAUGGUACACGGAGUACUUUAAGGGGCUUUGGGAGCAACACGAUGAUGCACUUAUUUUUUUUUGUGAAUUCAUAGGUAAUUUUUUUCAUUUUUUUUUUUUUUAUAUAUAUAAUAUAUAAACCAUCACUGAUUUUAUUUGAUUUUAACUCUAUACCAAAAGGCCUGUUUACUUUUGUCUGAUUUUUAGAAAUGAGUUUUAAAUUGACACGUAGGAGAAUGUGUGUGCGUGUGCGUGUGCGCGCCCACGUUCUGGUAAAGCAGACAGCCGGUCCGGGAUACGAAAUGAGGAGAGGAGACGAGGGAGGGAGGGGGUGAUAAGUGCCUUUCUGAGGGAUCUGUGUAUAGUGCAAUAACGAGCUGCUUUUGCGAAUGUCAAGCUGAGGGCUUUGUCAUGGUUUGUGUAUGCUUUUUGCUCUUCAAAGUUCAAAAGCAUGUCCAACAGCACUACACUGUCACUACCUGCUGUAAGCUUUUAAAAUGAACCUGCUCUCGUCAAUGUAUAAUCUCCAGCAAGAAGAAAACAUUGUACUCGUCGUACUGUGACCCUCAAUUGAUUUGCAUUGAGUUUCUUACCCAAGAGUUGUAUCCUCAAAGCUGUGACCUGGAAUGCCAAAUGUCAUGUUCUCAGAAACAAGUCUGCCAAUUCAGAAGUUUAUUUUUCUGGCACAAAAUGUCAUGUUAAUUUAUUUAUUUAUGUUUUUUUUUUUUUAUUUAUUGUGUAAUAUGUAUGGUC